ACGUCAAUAGCCAGCUGUUUUGCAAAGAUUUUGUUUAUUUUCGAUUUGGAAGAAAAUACAUAAAAUUGGUACUUGCUAAACAUCACCACAGCAAGAACAUGGGACUUCCCGAUUUGCCUGGUCAACCGGAAGAUGAUAGUAAUUUUACAAUGGACGAAAACAAUACCGUUCAUCUGGAACCGAUGAGCGAAGAUGAAAGCGAUAACGAAUCCUUCGUGGAUGCAAAUGGUUACGCCGGUUAUCAACCAUUGAAUAUGGACGAACAAAAUCACACAAAUCGAAGGACAUCUUUAAUGGAAGAAGACCAAGAAUCCGCUGUGGGAGAAGGUGAUGCAGCCGGAUUAGAUGUGGCUAGCACUGUCAACGCAGAAUUUCUCAAUGUGGACGUAUGGAAUGCACCACGACCCAAUGAGCUGAGUAUUGAGCUCGAUUCUUCAAAGGCCGCAGAGAUAGUGAACGUGAUGGCCGGAAUAAAACUGCCCACCACAGCCGUACCCGAAUGGGCCCGUGGAGUACCGGAAGAAGAAUGGAAGGAAAAUUUACUACAGCGAAUUCGCCAACGACAGCAACCGGAUGUUGACGAUGGAUGUAGCACCUCCUUCACGAUGGCAAGCGGUCGUCCAACGAUAGCCAACAGUGGUAAUGCCGGCAGCAGCAGCAGUAGCCAUACAAGUAGAAGAACGUGAUUUAUGCGCCAUAUACGAUUGCCCACAUGCCAAUAAUAGCAUCGACUUACAUUCCCUUUUACCUUUGCUGCUUUAUAAUACGCCGAUGCUCUUGAUGGUAAUGUUAAAAAUGGUGUAUUGAAUGUGUCUUUCCUACUGCUAAGAAGUCCCUGCUGUCCUCUCGCUGAGGACUUUCGCACACCCUCCCCCCUUUUCUCACACCCUCGAUCUCUCGCAUACAAUAAAGCGCACAGACUGCUCAUACAGGGAGCAGGCAAAUCGAAACCUCCUAGCACCGCACGUUUGUUUUUCUAUUUAACGAUUUAUUUUAUGCGAAACAUGAAUGCCACAACUUCCGAUUCCGACCGUGCAAUAAUAGCAUAAUGGCACGUUAGUGCAGUGCCGUGCCAUGUGCAUAAGGCUCAAGCUGAUG